UUUUAGUUGUUACAUGAAUUAUACUUCAUAAAAAAGCAAUUAUGUGUGCAUAACCUACAGUAAUAUCAUAUUUUGAUUCACGAAAUAUUAUAUGUAAGAUUGUGCAAAAUUAUCAAACCGGAAGUGACGCAAAUUGUUAAAAAGUGAAUGAAACUUUGUUGUCAGCACAAACAACAGCAAGAUUUUCUUCAAAGGAUGGCUACAAAACAGAUAACAGACUCCUUUCCAAAGGUUAAAAAAGCUGGUAAAGACCAAAAGCUUGGUAAAGAUCAGCUUCCAUCUACCAGUAAGCAAGAUCUACCUGUAAUAGACCUUACAGAUGAUUUGCAAAUUUUGAAGAACUUUGACCUGACCUUAGAAUUUGGACCAUGCACUGGAAUUACACGCUUGGAAAGAUGGGAAAGAGCACAAAAACAUGGGCUUAACCCCCCAGAAGAGGUUAAGGACAUUCUGAUGAAAAAUGAAGAUAAGGAGGAAUAUACACUGUGCCUGUGGAAAGAUUAUGAACUGUAAUAAUGAUCAAGAAAAUGAAAUAUACACCAGGCUAUGUGUUCUAAAUAUCAUUACAUCAGUGUGAAUGUAUUAAAGGUAAUCCAGAUCCUGAGAGAUCAAAAGAAUGCAUGUUAAUGUACUUAAAUAUUAAAUUUUUUGUACAUGCAUUUUAUUUGUACAUGAUUAUUUUAUUUGUAACCUUUUUAUUUGUGAAUUUUUUGCCAUCUGCCCAUUUCCUCUUUUCUUGUUUUUCAUUGAUUGAAAUAGUGUAAUUAUACUAGUAAUUGAAAUAUUGUUAAUGUAAAUCACUGGUAUGUGUAAAUAAUUGUUAUAUCAGAAUAGGUGUCAAGAUUUUAAUUUUUACUUUGUUGUAGGAAUGUACAUAAUUUUAGCAAAAUUUGACAAAUUUCUACAUGACCCAUAAGGCCACUCUUAUCUGAUUUUUUAACUUGAUUUUUAAGGAUUUUACAAUUUACUUGACAUAUUUUGUAUUGUAAGUGUUAUGUGAGCUGUUUACAUGUUUAUUCAUGUAGGAGACUUCGUAUAUUGACAAUAAAGCGUCUAAUUUUGAUUA